AUGUUCACUUUAAAGGGACUUGCCUAUUUUGCCCUCCUCGGCCUCGCCCGAGCCGAUUUCUAUUUUGGUGUCCUUGGGGGUGAUAUGGAGGACGGUCCCGAGGGAUUCCCAAAUAUCCAGGGUUACAUAGACGAAGUCAUUAUGCUGCAAGGACAGGGCAUCUGCGAAUCACCCGGGUUUUCCGGUAACCCUAGCACUCCCUCCACGAAUCCUACCGACCCGUGGGUCAACUGGUGCGGUUUGCCCAUCAAUAUGGACGGUCAGAGUCUUAUGCUCGACCCGACUGACGACUGCGGCGCGAGCGUGUCUGGCGAGACAACUGUCCCGAACGGCUACUUCUAUGCCAACCUGAUGGACCUGAACAACAACAACAACAUUGUCGGCCGCUGUGUCUUCGAGCAGGGAGGCAAUAUGCAGGACUGUGGCUGGGAUGGCUCUCAGGAAGCAUCCACCUCCAUCCACUGCUACACAAACGCCCUCGGUGAGACAACAGGAUCGACAACAACCACUGCGCCACCUGAUCCUAUACCAACUAUUACGUCGAUAGAGAUCAUUGGCACCCCUCCUGCGUCUUUGGUCGCGCUGUACUCAUCUAUACUGUAUGAUCAGACCCAUCGCACCACUCUUGUAACCCUUCCUGCAAGAGCUUAUGUGCCGGCUCCUACUUCCUGA